UUCAGGGCUAAAUUCCCGUUUCUAAUGCCGAUACCCUUGCCGUGUUAACCUUCAACUUGCGCAAGUAUAAAACUUGCCUCAUGGACUCGACCCCAUUUAAUAUUCUUGCUUCAGCAUUGGAGAUGCUCUCUUAUGACUUACUUCUCAAGUAGAUCGGACAUAAAAAUUCUAACUUCUCACAUACUUGCAGGGUAUUUCAUCGCAGAUGGUAUCGGGUACUCUUAUUGUGUCUGCUUUCGUCAAACAGCAUUGAGGUUCGCUUUAAAUCUCAUAUGAAGUUACCAUUUUUAAUGAUCAUCUAUCAACACCGCCUAUUCCUCCCUCCCUGCCCAUCGGUCUAAAGUGACAAGCACGAGUAGAUUGUGUGUUGGGGAUUUGGAAGUUUGAUUGUUAGGAUGGCGACAACGGGGUCGAAUAUGAUCCUCGAUGAACCCAUAAUCUCCACAUCUAGAACAAAACGUAGGGUCUUUCCUACUGAUUCUUCGGUCAUCCUUGUGGGUUGCCGCGGUGCUGGAAAACGGACGUUGGGGUUUAUUGCUGCCAAGUAUCUCGGCCGUCGACUUAUUACUGAGGAUCACUUUUUUGAACAGUCGACUGGAUGUACCAGGGCUACUUUUCUGCAAAGAUAUGGGCGAGAAACCUUCAAUCAGCAGAUGGCAAUUGUACUUGCCCGAAUGCUCGAGCUGAACCAAGCCAACUGUGUUAUAGAAUGCGGAACUGGCAUUUUGUCGCCCGAUAUUGAGGAAAUCCUCAAGGACUACAUUGAGACGAACCCCAUCAUUUACAUCCAUCGCGAUAAAGAGGAUCUAUACAAGUUAUUAAAACUCUCGGCGGCCGAUGCGGAGCAUCUCCUCACCACUGACCAAAAGCAUCGUAAUUUCUCUAAUUUGGAGUACUUCAACAUUUUUGACCCCAGCGGCGAAGGCCAGGUAACAGAGGAAUACCCCUAUCGCUCCGCGUCUACAAGCACUGCUAAGCUUGUAGAAGCAAAGCAAGAUUUCAAAAACUUCCUCGAUCACAUCUUUGGCCAUGGUUUAACACGAUCAUGGAUAGCGAACCCAUUCUCAAUAAAGGCGAUACCCCCUGAGUAUCGAACACACACCUUCGUCUUCUGCCUUCGACUCUCAACUAUACUCAGCAGUAAUAUUGAUCUAGCCGAGCUAGAAGCUCCUGGAGAGGCCGUGGAGCUGAUAAUUGACACUUGGCCCACGAACAUGCUGGAUCUUAUUGCAAUCCAGGUCGCUUUGAUCCGCCGCAAACUAGACCUUCCAAUCAUUUACUCCGUCGAAGAGAACCCUCGAGAAGAACGAAAGAGACCCCUUGAAGAAAGGGAUGCGAUGGAUCUAGAACUGAUGCUUCAUGGGCUUCGUCUUGGUGUCGAGUAUCUGAGUCUUGACCUUCAAAGAAGCCCCGCGCUGAUCUCCCAUAUUCUCGCCAUGCGAGGAAGAACAAAAAUUAUCGGUAAUUAUAUUACGAAAGGGUUUGGAGCUCCGCAAUGGAAUGAUGAGUCCUUUAUGGAGCGGUAUAUUCUGGCUCAGCAACUUGGCUGCCAGAUUGUCCGCAUGGCCCGUUUCUGUUCCGUAGAUAGAGACGACAAUCUACGCCAGAUAUUCGUUGAUAAAAUAAAGGCCUUACCGGACCCUAAACCUCGCCUGAUUGCUUACGACUUUUCGGUGUUCGGGGUUGUGCUACCUUUCCAAGGCGAUAUCUUGAACCCCAUCGGACAUGAUUCUCUCGAGAAAUCCUCACGGGAACAGAUGAUCGGUGUAAGUACAACACGAGGUACGCUACGAGACCUGUUCCGAAAAGGAGUUUUGCAGCCACUCAAUUUCUAUACUUUGGGGUUGAACGUUUACUAUUCAGCGUCGCCCUCGAUGCACCGUGCAGCAUACGAGCACUACAUGAUGCCGCACACCUUUAAUGCUAGACGUUGCACUUCACUCGAAGAGAUUGAUCGUAUUCGACAUGAACCCGGCUUUGGCGGCGCUUCAUUGGCAGCACCCUUCAAAGUUGCUAUCAUGUCACGUCUUGACCACCUCAGCACCCAUGCCAUCGCGAUUGGCGCAGUCAACACGCUUUUACCUCUGCGUGGAGAUUCCAACUCGAUUAUAGACCAUGCCAAUGCUCGAAAUAGGUCUGGUUAUGCCAAUAAGUUUUACGGAGACAAUACUGACUGGAGUGCUAUCAUGACUUGCUUACGCAGAGCCAUCAGCCCUCGCAACUCAGCCCAGCCGUCUCGGACAACGGCCCUGGUGAUAGGGGCAGGUGGAAUGGCUCGAGCAGCUAUCUAUGCUUUAAUAAAAUUAGGUUGUCGGAUGAUUUUCAUCCAUAAUAGGACCAGGAUAAAAGCAGAAGAAGUUGCGAUGCAUUUCAAUAUGUAUGCUAUAGAGCAGGGACUCCUAUCCCGCCAAAAUGAGGGAGAAAAAAUUUGUCGGGUGAUUCCGUCAGCCAGCGAUCCGUGGCCAAAGUCAUAUCAGCAGCCAACUAUGAUCGUAUCUUGCAUCCCGGCAUCCGGCACAGAUGACAACCCACCUGUAGACUUCCGAAUGCCUCCACAAUGGUUAAAAAGUCCUACUGGUGGUGUAGUAAUCGAGGUAACUACUAUUCUCUUAUUCAUCGUUAGCUUUUCAUAUCUAACCUAAGUACCUUUUUUCGCAGUUGGCGUAUGAACCUCUCAUAACACCGCUAGUGGUCCAAGUCCGUAAAAUUCGCGAAGAAGGGAAUACCUCGUGGGUAAUUGUUGAUGGCUUAGAGGUUGUGGGCGAAAUGGCCAUGGAGGCGUUCGAACUAAUGACCGGUCGCCAAGCACCUAGAAGACUAAUGCGAAGAGUGUGUAAUGAGACCUGGGAGAAAACAAGCGCACCAUUUCAGCCGCAAAGGUAGCUUACGUCGAACGCGUCACAGUCAGCGAGGAUUUCUCCCUAACAGCCAGAUGCAAGUCAAGCAGCCUAAAGAGAGGUGCGACAGAUCAUUUGCCCUGGUCACAUAAAUCUAGCGAGCGAGCCUCUGAUUAUUGGUGAAU